UGUGUAGCGGUUCUGACUAAAGCUGCACUCCAACCCUCAACUACCAGGGGGUUUGGCUUUGUCAAAGAGUAAUUUACCAAUCUUGCCUGCGCUUCCUUCCGGGUUUUGCUGGCUCUGUGCCAAAACCCCUAGAGCCUUUGUGUACAGGGCGGGGAGCAGAGUAAAGCGCAGAAGUCGGAGCCCAGGGCUGUGUAGCCCUCUGGCGCUAUGCGGUACCUACCUUGCCUGUUGCUGUGGGCAUUCCUACAGGUCUGGGGACAAUCUGAAGUCCAGCAAAAGAAUUACACCUUCCGCUGCCUGCAGAUGUCUUCCUUUGCAAACAGAAGCUGGUCCCGCACAGACAGCGUGGUCUGGCUGGGGGAUCUGCAGACUCACCGUUGGAGUAAUGACUCAGCCACCAUCAGCUUCACCAAGCCAUGGUCCCAGGGCAAGUUGAGUAACCAGCAGUGGGAGACAUUGCAGCAUAUGUUUCAAGUCUAUCGAGUCAGCUUUACCAGGGACAUACAGGAACUAGUCAAAAUGAUGUCACCUAAAGAACACUAUCCCAUUGAGAUCCAGCUGUCUGCGGGCUGUGAAAUGUACCCUGGGAAUGCUUCGGAAAGCUUUUUACACGUAGCAUUUCAAGGAAAAUAUGCCGUGAGAUUCCAGGGAACGUCCUGGCAGACGGUCCCAGGGGCCCCAUCUUGGUUAGACUUGCCCAUCAAAGUGCUCAACGCUGAUCAAGGGACAAGUACAUCCGUGCAGAUGCUCCUGAAUGACACCUGCCCCCAAUUUGUCCGUGGUCUCCUAGAGGCAGGGAAGUCAGACCUAGAGAAGCAAGAGAAGCCAGUGGCCUGGUUGUCCAGUGUCCCCAGCUCUGCACAUGGCCAUCUGCAGCUGGUGUGUCAUGUCUCUGGCUUCUACCCAAAACCUGUGUGGGUGAUGUGGAUGCGGGGUGACCAGGAGCAACAGGGUACUCACAGAGGUGAUUUCCUGCCAAAUGCUGAUGAGACAUGGUAUCUUCAAGCAACCCUGGAUGUGGAGGCUGGAGAGGAAGCUGGCCUGGCCUGCAGGGUGAAGCACAGCAGCCUAGGAGGGCAGGAUAUCAUCCUCUACUGGGAUGCCAGGCAAGCACCCGUGGGCCUGAUCGUCUUCAUAGUACUAAUCAUGCUAGUGGUGGUGGGUGCUGUAGUCUACUGUAUCUGGAGAAGGAGAAGCACCUAUCAAGACAUCCCGUGACUCUUCCUUACACCUGCCUCUCCUGAAAUUCAGACUUUCCAGGCUCUAGGACUUCAGUCCUGGUCUGCUCAGGAUCUGGGGAUGAAGGAGAGGAAUCCUGAAGAAGUGAAGAAGUGAAGAGCAACCAGUAUGCUCUUUUUAACAUUAAUUAUAAGAAGUUAAUUAUUUGAAUUGUUUCUUCAGUUUGCCGUAGUUUAGAACAAACACAACUGCAAAUGUGUGUACCUGCCAGAAACAAGCUGUUUGGAGGAUUUUAUGGGAUUUGCACUGAACUAGAAAGCACACUUCCUGCCCAAACAGACGCUCUGGGGUUUGUUGGCAAGUGUAAAGUCCAACGGCAACCUGGCUGUACUCUGUAUUUUUCAAGGUGAUUAGAAAAAUGGAUUUGUGUGUGUGUGACAUACAGCUUUGGAGUUUGUUGGCAAGUGUAAAAUCCAACACCAACAGUAUUUUUCAAGUUAACUAGAAAAAUGGCUUGUGUGUGAUGGCUUGUGUGUAUGUGUGUGUGUGACACACACAGAUUUUAAAAAGUGAAUGCAAAUAUCUGCAAAUGUUUGCUACCUUAGAUACAAACCUGCCACCUAAUGAUAACUCCAAGGGCCUCCAAUUUGUGGCUCUUUUAAUAAUGUUUGUUCUAAAUGCCAUAAUGACCAUCUUAGGACACAGUCUCUAUGGAAAUUUUGCAUUAAUGACUGAAAGGUGUUUUUUCUUUAAAAUAAAAUAGGAUGUAAAAUGAAAAUGUA